AUGAUGGAUCAGCAGCAGGCUGCUCCUGGCUUCUGGAGGUACUUGAUCAAUCCAGACAAGAGCGCUACACCUCAAUUUGAACAGCUAUGCGUGGGGAUCGCAAAAGUCAUUGCGACUCUCGAACCAGGGCCCAACAGCGAAUUGACGCCCUCACGUCUGGCCGCUUUCUACCGAGCCGUGGGCGGUAACUACGACUCCCUCUUCCUCAAAUCCUCCGACCAUGCCCUCUCCUUCAUGUUCCAAACCCUCGGCUGCUACCACUCCUUACAACCCACUCCCAGUCCGUUCGAGACUCCCCGAAUUCCGUGCCUGACGCCAAUCGGCUUUGCGCGAUGGCAAACUAUCCAACUUCUGCUAUGUCCAGAGGAGAAUGUGGGCUUCGUCCAGAAGGCCGUACAGUUAUGGAAAGUGCCCACGCCAAAUGGUGGCACCUAUCCCACAUACAUUCCCAAAGAGAUGUUUCCUGACAGACCAGACGAGGCCAUGGAAAAAUGGUACAGGAUGGUGACCGGCAAGCUGAACCAGCAAAAUUACAACCUGCGCCGCAUCAAGAACUCCCCCUAUCAGUCCCCCCAUCCUGAACCUUACGACCCACGAGAUGGCUAUUUCUCUGGAGCUCAAGAUGGGCGGCCAGCAAGACCCUCGCGAAGCAGUUCCCGCGAUGACGAUCAAUUGGCAGCCAUGUAUCGUAGACGAAGUAGUGUCCCCGACUUCCCUUCUCCGCCUGGUGAUAGAGGGUCGCAUUGGGAUCCACGAAGUCAGCAGGAAGCCAGAAAGGCUCGGAGUCACUCGGCUCAGAGAUCAUCGCCCAGGCCACCGACGCGUCAACGAUCUCAAACCACUACCGGACAACCUGGCCAUCACAAGCCAUCAUCAAGCAGUCCAUCGAGUCGCAGGCACGAGACUGCUCCACCAGAGCCAUCAGGACGACGACCACCAUCUGGGUACAACAUGGCAUACCGCUCUCCAGCGCGCACUCCCUCGACGGUUGAUGAAGACACUGGCAGCGAAGGGAGCUCAGAGGCUUCACAAGCGGGCCGACAUCAUCGCAAAUCCGAUGAGGACAGAAAGACUCGUCGUUCUUCCCUCUGGCCGCCCUCGUUCUUGCGGUCGUCACACAAGCGGCGUCAUUCGUCAGAUGCAGGUUACCGUGCCCCCGGUGCUCGAUCGCGGCCACCACAACCGUUACGGCCAGAAUACUACCCACCUCCUGCGACGAAACCUGCACCCCAGCCACAAGCACCACUGUAUCGAGGGUCUGGCGCAGCUCCACAAUGGCGAGAUCCAAACUGGGACAAUGAAGCGCCCAGUUCGACACCUGGGACGCCCUUACAGACACAGAUGGAUCCACGCGCCCCAUCCAUUCGCUACCCUGACCAACAAAGCUUCGAGCCGCUAACAAGAGAAAGUAGCAGCGGAAGCGAUCAUAGACACAGGUCCUCGGAUUGGGAGAGAGGCAAUUCCCACAGACGGCAAGUCCAGCCUCCUCCAAGGAUCGCGACCAUGACGGGAGUGUCGGGGAGAAAGUACCCGACUCCGACAGACGCUAUGAGUCCAAUUGAACGUCAUCGGACUCAUCCUCACCGUGGGAAUGUUUCCGCCAUGGUUUGA